AUGCAAAUGCGGAAUUCACACGAAUAUCGCCGAAUGAAAAUUGCACAACCCACAUACACGCGUGGUGUACACGUAUCAAGCCAGGCGGCAUGGGCUUGCAUCAACCCGAUUAGGGUCACGGAACACAUUUCCCCACAAUGCGAUGCAGGCCCGGAGGCAAAGCGCACAGCGCACGGAUUCGUGCCAGAUGACCGUGGAGUGGGAGUGCUGGCUAUGCGCAGACUGUGCGUAAAAACGGCUCUCAGAACGAAGCGUGAUGUGCCAGAGACCGCAAACCUCGGCAAGCGUGGGGCAGUCAGUGCCAGCAGACUCGCAGUAGUUCAAUCCCAGGCUAUCGCCAAGGUUUCCGAGUUUUGGGGAUCCGAAUUUACUUCGCCAUCUCGUAGAAUAAUUGAAAAGAUAGGGAGUUUGAUGCCCAAGGCAGAGCAUCUCGCGGUCCUAAGUUGGAGUGCACAGAAUACAAUCAUGUUUCUUGGACGCAAAAUUCAUCCAAGUUUGCGAACUGCGGGAAAAGAUGGCUUGCUGGCGAUGAAUGCGGAGCAUCACGAGUUGUGCCCUAUCGCGCGGCGAAGGAGCUAUCGGAAAGAGAGGAAGAUCGGAAACGCCACUGACUUCCACUGUGCUCGGAAAGUCGAACCCAUGAUAGAGUAUAUCACUGGCGGGCGCAUGCUAAAAGUGCAUUGGGGAAUCCGAGUUCUGACCGUGCAUUUUUCACAUCCGAGACUGGAUUGA